UAAUAAUAAUAAUAAUAAUUCCUUAGAUUCAUAUAGUGCUUCUCUAGACACUCAAAAUGCUUUACAUAGCAUGAUGGGAAAUCUCUUUAGCCACUAGCGUGUAGCAUCACCCACCAAACACCAGCUAUUAGUGGAGAGGAGAGAGUGAUGUAGCCAGUUCAGAGAAUGGGAUUAUUAGGGGGUCAUGAUGGAGAAGGACCAAUGGGGGACUUUCACCUGGACACCGGGGUUAUACCCCUAUUCAAUUCAAUUCAAUUCAAUUCAAUUCAAUUUUAUUUGUAUAGCACUUUUUACAAUAGACAGUAGCUGCGUUUACAUGGACAACAAUAAUCCACUCUUAAUCCGAUUAAGACCAUACUCUGAUUAAGAUACUACCAUGUAAACAGAAAUUUUUACUUCCCUUAAUCUAAUUAAGGUCAUAAUCGAAGUAAGCUCUAAUGGAAUUAAGACAGGUGGAGUACUCAUGUUUCAGUCGCAUUACGGACGUGUAUUACAGACACGUAAACACCGUAAUCACAUUCUGAACGUCGUGUGGAGGUUUUCACCGCAUUUUGCGACAGGACACGAUCACACAUGGCAGUUUUACAUUUUACGGCGAACGAGAGAGUUCGGCUGCGUCCCAAACCGCAUACUUUCCUACUACAGGCCUGCAGUGGGGAAAAAUACAUGUAUCUCGGCUACUAUAUAGACGGUAAUUACGCGAUUUGGGACACACCCACCGCUUCAAGCAGCUGUCUAUUAGCACGUACAGCAUGACAAAUAAUUAACCGCACUUAAAGCGUUCGUAAAAAAAUUAAAUAAAAACUCCCAAAACUGUAUACGGUCCCAUAACGAAGACGAACUGUAUGUUGAUACGUGAGAUUCUGGAGGGACGUCGGACGGCGUGGCGCGGUGACGUAAUGACGCGGGCUGUUAAUCUAAUUAUGUUCUAGAACAUGUAAAACGGGUACAUGACAGGAGUAUUCUAAAAGCCACUCAUGUAAACGCCUUAAUCACAUUAUUAUCUUACUCAGAGUAAGGUCAAUAAUUAGACUACUGCUGUCCAUGUAAACGUAGUCACUGUCUCAAAGCAGCUUUACAGAAAUAUCAACACGGUAUACAGAUAUUAAAGGUGUGAAUUUAUCCCAACUGAGCAAGCCACUGAGUGGCGAUGGUGGUGAGGAAAAACUCCCUAAGAUGUUAAGGAAGAAUCCUUGAGAAGAACCAGACUCAGAAGGGAACCCGUCCUCAUCUGGGUAACAACAGAUAGUGUGAAAAAGUUCACACUAUCUGUUGUGAUACACCCUAAUCUUUACAAUAAUUGUCCUGGGAUUUUUACCGACCGCAGAGAGUCAGGACUUCUGUUUAACAUCUCAUCUGAAAGACGGUGCUGUUUUUACAGUAUAGAGUCCCCGUCACUAUACUGGGGCAUUAGGUCACACACAGACCACAGGGUUAACGCCCCCUUCUGGCCUCAGUAAUACCACUUCCACCAGCAACCUUGGUUUUCCCCAGGAGGUCUCCUAUCUAGGUACUGACCAGGCUCAAUGCUGCUUAGCUUCAGUGGGACACCAGGCAAGAACUGCAGGGUGAUAGGGCUCACAUCUGUAAGAGUGGUCUGUCUGGCUCUAGAUGAGAAGUGGUGACAAGAGGAAGUGGAUAUUUUUGACACUUCAUAUACCCUGUGUGUUGGAACAGGUUUCACAAACAACCGUGCUGUGAAAUGGCCAAAACAGAAACUCCGCCUCUUCAGAUGCAUGGGAAGAAAAAAAAUCAGCUAUCAUGAAGUCUUCAGCUUCGUCAUGAUAAGACAGCAGCAGUAUUUGUAAUCAACACCCAACUGACCCACGCCUCAAGGACCAGGAUGCUGAGGCGUCGUCUCACUUUAAUUCUUGUCAGUGUUCUUGGAGCUUCUCUGCUGGUUGAUGGCGCUAAUAUACGACUCGCUGGUGGUAAUCACUCCUGCGCUGGUAGAGUGGAAGUCUAUCAUAAUAACCAGUGGGGAACAGUGUGUGAUGAUAACUGGGGCAUAAAUGAUGCGCAGGUGGUGUGUAGAGAGCUUGGAUGUGGUAAUGCUGUCAGCGCUCAUCAAAGUGCCCACUUUGGUCAGGGAAGUGGUCCAAUAUGGCUGGAUGAUGUUCCGUGUUCUGGAAGUGAAAGCACCAUCACACAGUGCACUCAUAAUGGAUUUGGUAUACACAACUGCGACCAUGGUGAAGAUGCUGGUGUUACUUGCUCAGAGCGUAAUCAGGUCAGGCUGGUGAAUGGUCCGAGUAACUGUUGUGGUCGAGUGGAGAUCCAGCACAAAGCCCAGUGGGGAACAGUGUGUGAUGAUGACUGGGACUUAAAGGAUGCAGAGGUGGUGUGUAGACAGCUUGGAUGUGGUAAAGCUGUCAGUGCUCCUCCUAAUGCCCGCUUUGGUCAGGGAAGUGAACCAACCUGGCUGGAUGAUGUUCAGUGUAAUGGAACUGAGAGCUACAUAAAUCACUGCUCACACAGAGGAUUUGGAGAAGAGAACUGUGGACAUGAAGAAGAUGCUGGAGUCGUGUGCUCAAACUUGCAGACUCCUACAUUGACUCGGAUCUCCCCAAACUCUGUGGUCUCACCUGGAGAAGUCCUUCAGUUCAGAUGUUCCACACCCAGCCCAACAUGCAUCUCUGUAGACUUCAGUUUGUAUAAAACUGGGACAUCAGUAAAGAAGCAAACUGCAGUGACUACAACAACAUUUACUCUGACUGUAGAUGCCUCACAUCAGGGCCAGUACACCUGUGACUACUCAUACAGGGAAAUUGGCUCAACGUCACCCAGGAGCAACUCCAUUACCAUCACUGUGGUGAACCUGCAACAGCCCAAUAUCUCCUUCAGUGAUGCUGGUGGACCAGAAGUGACAAGAGGCUCCAGCUUCUCCAUCAUCUGCUCCACUGAACCUCAGUAUCCAGGAGGUUCCUUCCACUUGAAGUUCAGUGGAUCCAACAUCACCAGAACUCAGUCGGCUGUUAACCACUCAGCCGUCUUCCUGUUUCCUGAGGCAGAUUUUGUCCAUCAGGGAAACUACAGCUGUGCUUAUGAAGUUAACGUGUCUUCACGCACCUUUACCUCCACUACCACUGAGCUGCUGGAAAUUACUGUGAAAGCAUCUCUGGCUCUAUACAUUGGUGUUGGAGUGACAGCAGGACUGCUUCUCAUCUUAGUUCCAGUCAUCAUUUGCUUUGUGAAGACACUGAAAAGACGGAAAUGUCAGAUGGAUAAGAAGGAUUCACAGCGUGCCAAAAACACACAUGAGAGUCCCCAAGGAGAGAUUGAGACAGAUGACGAAGCUGAUUAUGAAAACGCAGAAAUCAUUUUCCACCAGAAGGAGGACUCAGAGGACUCAGAUAAUGAUUACAUUAAUGUUGAUGCUGAUGAACAAAGAAGUGAUGUGGACAAUGACUAUGAAGAUGUAGAUAUUUAUGCAAACCAUGUAGCAUAGAGUGAAAAAAAAACAAUUAACAAAUAUCCACAAUGCACAAACAAUAACAUGGUUAAAUUGGAUAAUUUUCCAUUGUUAAGAUAUAACCACUGUUAAUUAGAGAUGGUUUAAUUAACAUGGACUUCAGAAUCAGUUUGUUAUUUACUCAUUAGUCUUUUCAGAUGUAAAUAUAUAUAUAUAUAUAUAUAUUUCCAAUGAGGCUAUUCACAUGACAUUUUCACCAGAUUUUGGUUUAACUCAAGAAAUCCAAACAUUAAAGUCCAUAAAUGAAGUUAUGUGUAAUAAAGAGGAAUGACACAGGGAAAAAAGAAUUGAACACGCUAACUGAAAUGUAUUUAAUACUUAGUGGAGAAGCCUUUGUUUUUAAUGACGCUUCAAGACGCUUCCUGUAUGAAGAAAUUAAUGGGCCGCAGUAUUCAGGUGUGAUUUUGGCCCAUUCUUCUAAACAUAUUGUCUUUAAAUCUUAUUCAAUUGGAUUCGAGUCAGGUGAUUGAUUGGGCCAUUCUUUUCUUAACAUGUUCAAUACUUUUUUUCAAUACAUAUAUAUAAUAUAUGUAUAUGCAGUUUUAUAUAUUAAAAAAUCAGGCAUGCAAAGUCUGUUAAGGUAUUGUUUAGUCCAUUUAGAUAUAAAAUUUAAUUUAAAAUGUAAUUUUUUAAAUGUAAUUUGAAUUUUAAUUCAUUAAACAAAUUUUGCAUAAUCUAGAAAUUAUUUUUAAUUGCACAGUUUCGUUUAUGAUUUUGUCAUUUUUUAUAUGUUGUUAAUUAAGCCUAUUUAAUCAGUUUAUUUUUUAUAUAAUCUCUUAUCUUUCUGCUAAAUUUAAUCAGUCUUAUGAAUAGCACUUUGCUAUUGACUGCUAACACUUAGCAUUUUGCUCACCAAUUGAACUCUGCUGUAUUAUUUUCUAUUGAUAUUUGCUACACAACGUAAAUAAAAUUCUACACACCUUU